AUGACACAAAAAGUUAAUAUGAAAAGUAUAGCAAGGAAAAUUGUUGAAUAUUAUGAUACCCAUAAUUCUACUACCAAAUCAACUACAAGAGUUAUGGGUUAUCAGGGUUUCUCUGUCAGUUGUUCCGAAAAGAACGAAAUUUUCGUUCAUGGGGCAGCUAUUAUUGAGAAAGAACUGUUAGAAAGUGGUCGACCAUAUCUUUCGUCAGCAAUCAUUCAUCAUGUUCUUGAAAAUAUCGGACAAACUGCACCUAUGAAUCCGUAUAGAAGUUUAAAUCGUAUCAAUUGUGAUCAUGUUCCUAUUAAAGGUCCGGAUAGUGUACCUGUAUUCAAUCCACGAACAGAUAAUGGUGGUUGCUUUAUAACGAAACAAUCCAAGAACAAUUGUUAUGCAUACGCUGCUGAUAUCGUCACAAAUACUUUUCCUCAACCAGGACGCUAUAGUGGAAAAACAUCGCCAUCACUUACAUGCGAAUCUCUCAGACAUGCGUGUAUUAGAGAUGGGUUGAUUUAUAAGGGUACAACGCUUCCGAUCGGUCAACCAAAAAGUGGUCACUAUGCUGCUCUAUUUAUUUGGCCUGACAAAGAUUAUCAUUGGGCCAGAAAAGAUGCAAAUGGCUACUGGUCUCACAAACCAGGGGCUGGACCGGUAGCAAAUAGGGAUAACAUGGGCUAUCUGAUUACCAAUCCGGCAAAAUCUAAUUUUACACCAUGGACAUUAUUCUGUGCGUACUACAUUGUACAACCAUCCAAAGUUCAUAUAAACUAA